AAAAGUUCUGACGACGAAUCGUGGGAGAGUCAGUUUUACUUUCGUUUUUGUUCUGGUCUUUACAAGUUCACGGGUUUAGACAUUGACAAGGGAGAAACACCGCUGCUGCUGGUUGGACCUAUUUGGGAAAGGUUUCGCUUUGUGAAAGAGCAGCUUUUAAGAACAACCAGUGGGAGGACCAUGGCUGCAGACAGACGCACGCUCCAGGUCCUCCGUGUUCCCAGUGUCCUCUCCGAUGAGUGGAUGAUCGACAAGCUGCUGAUUCACUUCCUGCGGCCUCGGAAUGGAGGAGGGGAGGUCCUGGGGGUGAGAUUCCCCACCGGCACACCAGGAGAGGCGCUGGUCACCUUCGAGCAGGAGGAAGUUGCAGACAGGGUUCUGCAGCGCACUCAAAUUCUGGAGCUACAGUCAGGGAAACACCCCCUGGAGGUUAGGAGAGUGGGGAGUGAGGAGAGUAUAGAGGUUGAUAUGCCCGUGAGAACGAGCCUAAGACUGGAGAUGUUCUCAGACCAAGGCAGGGUGAAAGAGCUUCUUGAGGAACACCGCUUCAGGGUUACUGAACUGCCAGGACGAAGACCUGAGGAGCUGCAGAUUGAGGGCUCCUUCACAGAGCUAAGGAAGCUGAGGACUAAACUCUGUGAACUGCUGCCUGCGUCUCCCAGGGAUGUCCGGGGACCUCCGGCCAGCCGAUACCUUUAUACUGCAGAUGAAGUGAAAGGGCUGGAGAACAGCACUGGGGCCAGACAAAACAGGGUUAACGACUCGGGGAGUGGGGCAAUAUCCAAAACAAAAUUCUCAAAUUCUCCAGGGCAAAGGAAAGAUCCAUAUUCUAUGGGAGAGAGACGCUCCAGAGCACCGCUAGUCACCUUACCUUUGUCACCUCAAGCCAGUCAAACCCCCAGAAAAACCCAGAGAGUUUCGUUCAACAUUGACAAGCAUGUGCUGAGGUAUGCAAAAGCUUUCCAUAGGCAGGAGAUGUCAGAGAUCCUGGAUAGCCAAUGUGUGGAAAUGAGCGAGGAGGAGAGUGAUGAGAUCAGUAAUGUGAUCUUAACUCCACAGAUUGGCCGUGACAGCCCUGAAAGUGUUUUAAAAGUAGCUCAGGAACUGCUGUCCAGUCUGUUAUUUGAACUAGGACAUACUCUACGGACUCAGGAAAUUGAUCUCUCUUCCUAUGACCGUCAGCAACAAAGUCAGAUUCUGGAGCGGUCCAAGAUGUUAAAAAAUAUUUACAAAGUUCUAGUGAUCUGGCCUGACAGGGGGAGCAUACAGCUGGUGGGACCUUCGCUGGAGAGCUAUGAGUUGAGGCAGCGGCUGCUGGGGCAGGCAGUUAAUUCCUCAGUGGGGGAGCAGCUUGCCAGUAAUCGUCAAGGACGAUUACUAAGAGGUGACUUCAGGCGCAGCUCUUCCCUCCCCCGACAGCCGAGCAGAACGGACCUCAGGAGUCCCAUGGAGGGGACUGCCAGUGCUCAACAGUACUCCCCAGAAAAGUACGAAGGGGAGGGACGGCUGGAUGUGGCAGGGCUGGAGAAGGCGAAGGCAGGAAGCACACCCAGUCCCAAAAAGAUAGAGAAGAGCCUCCAGAAGAAAAAAGCCUCCUCGGAAAAAUGGGGCAAAACAAAGGAUAGCCAGCGACCCAGGAUAGAGCGCAGUGUAGAAGAAGAAAGAGAACCUCCGUCUGGACAGGGCGGGCUGGGUGUCGAGAGCAAUGUGAAAUUAAUGAACACUAAAAAAAAAAAGAAAUGGCCAACUUUGAAGAAAAGUAUAAUCAGUUUACCAGCCAAAAUGUUUAAGCAAAAGAAAAAUUAAGAACAUAAGAAAAGAAGAUGAAAGCAAGAGCAGCUUGUCCGGUUUCUAGUAGCUGGUUGACUCAAAACUUUUUCAUGUUGGGUAUUGAAGGAUCCAAGGGAUUAGUUCUUUAAAGUUGAUUCUUAAGUCAAGGAUCUGCCUAUAGAAAAAAGUACCGGAGGAUUUGCUGUGCACGAUUAUUUGAUCACUAACCUACACGUUAGAUACCAGUUUUAUAGUAGUUAAGGAACGCUAUAUGAUACUAUACAAAUAAGGUACAAUGAAAAUACAGUGUGUUUGAAGUAACCUGCAUAUUAUGUAUCAAUUGUUAUUUAUAACUCUAAGCUCAUGCAUGGUGGUGGAAUGCACGGGUCAUAAAUGUUGUCAUUGUAGAGCUGACAGUAGAUGUCACUACUGUUUAUAACCAGAGUGAUGAUUGUAUAUAGUUGUAGUUUUGUGACAAUGAAGCAAACAAAACACAUAAUCUGGUGUACAAUAUUUUGUUUAUAAGUUUAUUAUAUAUAUAUUGAAAAGGGAUGGCAGCAAAAUUUCAUUUGCCUAGGGUGGCAGAAAUCCUUGCACCAGCCCUGAUUGUGGACAGCAAAGUCUAAAGAAGGUGUUGAUAACACCUGUGCAUUUGGGGGGAAUACUGUAGUUUACUACAAAAAUACAUGGAUAGAGGGCAGCCAAUAACAGAACCAGAAUGUAAUUUGCCUAGUAAGUGCAGGGUUCCAGAAUGUCAUUUGCCUAGUAAGUGCAGGGUUCCAGUAUGUCAUAAUGCAAUGUGUCGAUUGGGUUAAUUUCAGACCUUUUCUUUGAGUGGUAGAAUUCUUAAUGUGUUGGGGUGACUGGGUUCAAGCACAUAUUCUGAAGAUGUGCAGGCCCACUAUGUUUUUUAACCUUGACCAGCUUUGUUUUAUGUGGCUUUAAGAUACUUGCAUCACAUUUGGAGUACAACUUUAUACAAUACGUUUUUUGUAAUUCUACAGCGUGAAUAACCAGAUCUAAUUUUAAAAUCCAUCUCGCAUUUCUUCAACUCCAAUGAUGGAAUGACUUAAAUUCCCAUUUCUGAAUCACAUAUGAAGCUGGUUUAUAACCACAGCACUCCAUCAGCGGUAUAUAGGUAUCGUCUCUGUAUUUAUGGUUCUCUUAAUCGUAUGGAUUAUAAAAUAGAAAUUCAUAGAACUCAUUUGACAGAGCUGGCAUUGCCUAACUGACUUCAGCUUCAGGUAAAAUGUAUCAAUAACCUUGAACUUGAUCUCCUGACGGAAUAAGGCAGAGACUAUUCUGAUUAUUUCACAAAGCUUUAAAUUAUUAAAAAUAUUAUUAAAAGAUCACAAUGUGUUUUCAUAAAUAAAAUUAGCUAGAAUUGUCUAAAAAGCCUAGUAAAAAAAAAUUAUAAAUGAUGAAAUGAGUCUUAUUUGCUUUUUUUUUUUUUUACAGUAUGAGCUAUUGUAUAAUAGGAAUAAUGCACUCCAGGUUGUGUGUUGUGCUGGGAUAACAUCACUUCUUCGGUGUUGGAUGCACUCUUGCCCAACCACCUGAGGCGUGAUGUUAUCCCAGCACAACAGACAAUGUGACAGAAAUACAAUAAUUCUUGGAUGUAAAUCUCCCUCCC